AUGGUGGACUGGCUUAGUCUCGCCGUCCCUCUCGCUUACCUGGGCAUUCUGAUCGGCUCUUUGGCUACUUUCUCGUCUCUAUACCGCAAGCGCAAGGCUCAGAAGGCUUUCAGCUUGGAACCAUGGUUUCCUGCACACCUCCAGCGAGACAUCUACUUUUCCCUCCUUCACAUUGACCCCUCAUCUCAAAACGAAAAGAAGUCGCCCGCCAUUCCCGAGUCCAUCUUCAAGGCUGCCCUCCUUCGUCGUGCCGCGGAGGAUAUUCGUCGUGUGCUUACUCUCCGCAGCCAAAAGCAAGCCCUUUCCACCCUGCUGCAGCGUGGCAGUGUUGGCGAUGAUCUAUGGCAGCGGUUUCUGCGCGCGGAGAAGGAGAUGGAAGAGGAAGUCAAGGACGUUGUAUCUGAGGCGAAUGCCUAUGUUCCAGGGUGGGGCCAGACUAUCUUCCAAUCUGCCAACGAAAUGACAAAUAACCACAUUUACCGCCAACGAAUGAAUGAGCAGCAGGGGAAACUUGCCGAGGAGCGCGCCUGGUGGGACAAGAAGAAGACGAGCAUUAAGGAAAGCUUUAUGAAGGAGCUGGACGAGGGUUCAGAGACCAAGGCGGCCGAGUCCACGCCCGCACAGUCUGCCCCUGCGGCCCCUGCCUCUGUUAGUGAUGAUGAAGCGGUUUUGGUCGAGGCAGAGAACUCGGGUAAUAGUAAUGUGGGCUCCCCAAAAGCGCAGAAGAAGAAGGGCAAGGGGAAGAAAUAG